AUGAUCAGAACCAUUGAGUUGUGCAAGCAGGAAAUCAAACUUUGGCAAGUAAGGUGGGAUACUCCUUAUGCAAACACUCUGAAACUCAAUACUGAUGGUAGUGACUUCAGUAACCCAGGCAAAAUUGGGGGAGGAAGUAUUCUAAGCCAUCAAACAGGCAGUUUCGUGUAUGCUUUAUCUAUUCCCUGUAGAAAUGGUACUAACAAUCAAGCAGAAACUCUAUCAUCAAUGCAUGGGUAUAGAAGGAUUAUUCUAGAAGUUGAUUCUGAACUACUCACAAAAUUUUUGAGUCACACUCUCAAACCUCGGUGGCAGUUGCAGCAAUGUGUUAAGGACCUCACCAAUCUCAUUAAGCAAUUGGAUUUUUUCAGCUGUCGUCACAUUUUUAGACAAGCAAACAGUAUAGCUGAUUUGUUGUCGAAAAGAAGUCACAAGUUAGAUGUUGUACAACAUUAUUACACCUUCGAACAGUUACCAGCUAUAGUUAAAGGCAGCUAUCUGCUAGAGAAAUUUGAGUCUAUAAUUUCAGAAGAAAGAAGUUGA